ACCACCUGCCGACGUCACUACCGAAUCGGGUAAUCCGGUCCAAACCGGGAGCAUUUCACUCCUGCUACAAGGUGACUCUGGGCGGCUACAUUUCAUACUGUGUCGUGUCCCACUCCUCCUCUGACGGCCGGGUCGGGGAAGUCUGUAUCAAACGUGCCUCUGCAGCUCUGCCAAAGUCCUAUCAGAGUCCUCAGGGCAGGCAGGAAUCCAAGGUGUGACUUCAGCAAUCCAGAUUAGACUUUGCCUGACUCAGAGAAUGCCAGAAAGCAGAUCCUUUAUAUAGGCCAUGGGGUGUGGCUCCAUGACUCAGCACUUAUCCAGGCCUGCCCCUCCCUUCCUUUUGCUGAUGUCGCCUCUCCAUUCUCCGGAAGCAUGGAUCUCUCCAGCCUCCAGCUGUUGGUAAUUCCAGCCCAGCUGUUGGUAAUUCCAGCUCGUGACUGGCUUCAUAUUUAUUUAUUUAUUUUAUUUAUUUAUUUAUUUAUUUAUUUAUUCAUAUUUAUAUACCGCCCUAUCUCCCUAAGGACUCAGGGCAGUUCACAGGCAAAAUAAAAAUACAUAUAGGAUACAAAAUAAAACAUCAGAUUAAAAAACUUAUUCAACAUAGCCCAAUAGUUAAAAAUAACAAUAUACACAAUAAAACCCAGUUAAAACCCAUAUAAAUUUAAAACCUAGUCCAGUCCUGCGCAGAUGAAUAAAUAUGUUUUAAGCUCGCGGCGGAAGGUUCGGAGGUCCGGAAGUUGACGAAGUCCUGGGGGGAGUUCGUUCCAGAGGGUGGGUGCCCCCACAGAGAAGGCCCUUCCCCUGGGUGUCGCCAGACGGCACUGUCUGGCUGACGGCACCCUGAGGAGUCCCUCUCUGUGAGAGCGCACGGGUCGGUGAGAGGUAUUCGGUAGCAGCAGGCGGUCCCGUAGGUAACCCGGCCCUAUGCCAUGGAGCGCUUUGAAGAUCGUUACCAAAACCUUCCUCAGGCUCACAUGCUGUGGGGGAGGGGUUUAGUUGCUCCGUUUGUCCGGGCAUGGUGCCAGGACUGGGGGCUGGAGACAUGCCAGGACAUUCUUCUGUACUAGCAGUGUCUGGCAGGAGAUGAGAAGGGCCCGGCUGUGGAGAGGGGGGCGAGCGAGGCACAACAUACUGAAAUGUUUUUAAAAAUGGAAUGUUUUUAGGUUUCUGGCUGAGCAAUCCUAGUUUUUACAUUUACAUGUCAAUGUAUAAUAUAUAUAUAUAUAUUUGGUUUUAUUUUAAUGAUACUAGUUUUGUUUCAGAAUCCAAAGGAGGCAGCUGCAUCUUUCUUCCAUUUUGCAAAAGGCAUAAACAUGAAUUCUGACCAGAAAACAUGGGAUGAGUUCUUUGAAAAUGUUAUCACUGGAAAAGCUGUGUUUGCUUUAUUUUAUUUAUUUAUUUGUCACAACAGUAUAUAUAAGCAUAAGCAUGAAAUAACUAUACGAUAUAUAAGCAUAAUCAUAAGUAUGUAAUAACUAUAUGAAACUGGAUACAAUCAAAGAGAACAUUAGGCCAGGAACGGUAGGCAUGUUGGUUCUCUUAUGCAGGCCCCUUACAGACCUCUUUCUUAUUGGGGAAAAAAAAAACUUGCUUGAAAUAAGGGGGGAAAGCAGAUUGCAAAGAUGCUUUGACCUUCUUCUUUUGGUCUCCUCUACUCUCCAUCUGUCUGUCAAAGAGAAGCACAGUCUUUGAACACUGAAACCUAUUUCCAUUGCUUCAGUACAAAGCAACAAUAGCUUCCAGAAGUGGUUCACCAUUGUCUCCUAUCUAAGGCUGAGAGAAACUUUUAUUCCUUGCAGCACUGUUGUAACUGUGAAGCUGGUCAUGUCACCAAGAAGAGGCUCUAGCUGAAGAAAAACAUACAGCUGAAUCAUUUCCUCCUCCCCUCCCCGAUUUUUAGCAUGCUGUCCAGCUAGUGUUUCAUGAACUCAGGAAUUCAAUAUCCAUUUUCAGAGAAAGUUGCUUCAGGUCAGUUAUCCCCUUAAGAAUAUCUUUCUCUCUAACAUGUUAUCUACUCAAUCCAAGUUGGCUACAAUUUCAUUGGAAAAUGUUUUGCAGGAGGAAGGGUUGAAUAAACUUUGUUCAUAGAUUUAUUUCAUCAUAGUUGAUUAAUAACAUGAUCUGUUCUUUGAGCUUGUUCUUUGUCAUGUGACAGUUGAUUUCUCUAUAAAAGGAUUAACUUCACUUACAAAGCCAAAUGAAUCUCCAGACUAUUCAUCUGUGGUCUUAGAAUAGCACAAUCAUGGCUCAACAACAGCUAAGCAAGGUUUUGGAUGAAAAGUUGGAAGAAAAUGAAAAGAUGGCUGUUUCGGAACGGACAUUUAUGUAUGAUGGGGUGUUAUAUCCCACUAUGAUCUGUUGCCGGGAAACCCUGAAAAGUAUUCAUAGUUUUAGAGCUCGGGAAGAUGAUAUCAUACUAGCAUCAUACCCCAAAACAGGUUCAAGCUGGGUUCAGCGGAUCUUAAUGCAGCUAGAAGUUGCCUCUGGAAAAUAUGAUGAAGACGAGCAGAAGCGAAGGCAGCAAACACUGCAAGAAUUAUCACUAAUUUAUUUUCUUGAAUCUGGAGAGCCAGGAAAAUUUGAGAGGAUGGAAAAACUGCCUUCCAGACAAAUUAUAAAAACACACCUCAUCCCUCAAAAGUUGCCCAAGUCUCUUUUUGAACAAAAGGCAAAAAUACUGGUUUUGUUACGGAAUCCAAAGGACAUAGCAGUAUCGUACUUCCACUUUUCCAAAGGCAUCAAAUUGAUUUCUGACCAGGAAACCUGGGAUGAGUACUUUGAAGCUUUUAUCACUGGAAAAGUGGCCUAUGGAUCUUAUUUUGAUCAUGUUAUUGAAUGGAACAAGCAUCUUGAUGACAGCAAUAUAUUUUUUAUUACCUAUGAGGAGAUAAAAGAGAAUCCAGCCUCAGCACUGAAAAAAAUAGCCAAAUUCUUUGAUUUAUCUGUGACUGAAAAAAAGAUUGAGAGCAUUGUAAAGGAAACAUGUUUUGAAAGCAUGAAAGAUAAUGCAGGAAUCUAUGGAAAAGUGGGCCAGGUGCUUUUCCGCAAAGGCAUAGUAGGUGAUUGGAGGUCUGUCUUCUCAGAAAGCCAGAAUGAAAAAAUGGACAGAAAAUUUGAAGAGACUAUAGCUAAAACUAAGCUUGGAAUGAUGUUGAAAUAUGAGCUGUACUGCAAAAACUGAACUGCUAGAAAUCUCUCAUGUUCUGAUUCUCUGAAUAAGGGUAAACAUAUUUUAAUUGUUCAAGAAGAAUUGGUAGUGCCUUCCUCAGUCUCCAGAUGUGCCAGAUAUCAUUUUCGAUAAUCCUAACACAGCUAUUGGUUGUGUUAUAUGACGUGUCAAAGAUUAUAGCAGCUGAAAUCCAACAAUCUGAAAAAAAAAAGCCGCUUUCAGAACACCAUUUACUCUUUUCUCGUCUUUUGGAUAUUGACAUGAAACGGAAGAACUCCUCCAGAAUUAAUAAAAACCUAGGCUUACCUAUAAAAUGGAGUUUACUCUCUUAGUCUGCACAAAAUUAGUUGAUAAUUGUUAAAAGAUUAAAAUGAGUAUGAGGUUUCUAUUAUCCCCACAAUAGUAUUACUUAUAAAUUUUAGUUUGCUAAAAUUAGUGCAGUAAUUCACUCCAAAAUUCAAAAUCCAACAGAGAUAACUUAUUGGUUCUAACUCAGGCGUCCCCAACCUGUGGGCCAUAGCCCACUACCAUUCGCACAUGCGCAUGCAUGGAUAACCCAGAAAGGUUGGGGAACUCUGUUCCAACUUAUACCAAAUGUCCUCUUCUGUACAACCACUAGCACAAAGAAACUGUACAGUCAAGGCUUUCCACAGAGGAAGCAAAGGGAAAGACAGUGUUGAUGAAAGAAUUUACUCUCCUAUUCUGUACAAAAUUUGUUGAGCAAUUGUUAAAAGACUAAAAUGACUAAGAGGCUUUUAUUAUAUUCAUAAUAAAAUUCCUUAUAAAUUUUA